AUGAUCCUCUUAGGCGGGUUCGUGGCAAUGCAAGAUGUAACCGCCUACCGAGACACCGCCAAGGAAUUUGACCUGCCAAUGAUUGAUUACCUCUUCGAUGUCUUGUUGAAGUUGAUGAACUUGAUGCUUAUCAAGCCCCAGAAUGUACGACAGGUUUGGCUGGACUAUAUACGCUCAGGAAUCCCCAGAGAACUCCUUUCCAACUUCCUACAAUUGCGGGCUGACUACAAGUCAGCCAGGCUACAGUCCGAAGUUCGCAACUACCUAGAACGUUAG